AUCCCAAAUCGCCCUCACAGGAGCAUGCCCAGCCCUUUCCUUCCCCAGGUAUCCGAUCAGGCGACCGAAUGAUUCACAGCUUCUCUCUGAACUCCUUGGACUCGAAGAGCAGUUGCCCCAUGCACAAGGACUCCAACAACAGAGAUUUAGGAAGGGGAGCUGAGAAAUCGGGGCGUCCCCUUUCUUUUAAAGCCAGCCGGCAGUACACCACCCUGGCCGACGUUCCCAAGGCCAUUAGGAUCAGUAAUCGUGAGGCCUUCCAGGUGGAGAGGAAGCGGCUAGAGCGGAGAACCCGGGCUCGUAGCCCUGGGAGAGAAGAAGUGGCCCGGCUCUUUGGGAAUGAGAGAAGGUCUUGUUGCUCUCCACCUUCUCCUGCUGUGUUGCUGUGUGACGUGUCCACCUUUACUUCGCCUGCUUCACUACCAUCUCAUCUCAAUCUCAAGCCGUAGAACAACCUGGUGGUGCAGCCCCUUUUUCAUGAAAAAUCAACCUGCUUUUGAUUUUGUUUUUAUGGUUUUUUUGGUUGGGUUUUUGUUCUUUUUUUUUUUUUUUUCCCUCUUGAUUUGUUUUUCUUCAGACCUUCACCUAAUAGGGCACAGACAAUGUUAAUUCAUGGACCUUUUCUUCCCUCCUGAACUGAGACUCAGAGAAGGCUGGCCCAGAAUAAAAAGGGUUAAAAGAAUGUGACUCCAAAACAAUUCCGUGUCUGUCAGUGAACACAGAACGUGAAUUUAUGCUCCUCAGCCUGGCCUAUGUCAGGCUUCUCAUGAGCAGAACAUCCCAGAGAAAUCAGGAGCUCUGCACGAGCCUGAGAUCUACCCACUCCCAGUUUGCAAACUGGGAGGCAGGAGGGGCUGAACAGAUGUCCCCUAAAAGCAUCAAAGAUCUUUAAAUUUACAAAGCAAUGUCUUCCCUACCAAUUUUGUCCCUUCCUCUUUUGUUGUGUCCUGGCAGCCUGGCUCUGAGCAGCAGUGGGGGGCCCCAGCCCCCCAGGGGAUGGGAUGUGCUCAGACUGGUUGUCUCAUUUAUAGAUUUUGGUGCUAAUAUUGGUUGAAAACUGAACAUCUCAUGGUUUUUUGAAUCCUUAACCUGCUGUUCCUCUUUGUGGGAAGUGUUAAAAAUGUUUUUAUUUUGGAUAACCUGUUAUCCCUCAUGUGGUUGCCAUUGUGAUUUUCAUGCACAUCAGAGGCUCACACAGAGCAAACAGCCCCAAGUUUAGAUGUGGCACAUGUGGGUCCAAAUUUUGUGUCAAGAAACCACCUGGACAGAGCUUUUUGGGGAGGUUUGAAGUGGAACUUCAAGCCUCACAGCUCGGAGCACAGCUGGCAUGUGGUGGUGGUGGGUUAUUGCUUUAUAUUCCCAGUUUGUGAUUGAAGACCUGAGGCUGAUACUUUCCUGAGCCCCUGAAAAUUCAGACUUAGACACGAGCAGGUUCUUUGGAAAUUCCUCUCCUGUGGGUCAGUGAGCAGCUUCUCAUGUUGAAACAGCACUUCUAAUUCCACCUGUUUGCUCGUCCUUAAGAGAAUCCCAUUUGGGUUUGAUCCAGGGUUGGCUCCUGCUCCAUCCACAUUUCUUCAUAGUUCUCCAUCCUCAGAAACACAAGUGCCACAGUGCAGUGGGCCACCAAGGCAGUGUCUGAGAGUCCAGGUCGUGCCUCCUGAUGUCCAGACUGGAUUUUCAGCCCACUUAAGAGGAGGGAAAGGCCCCAGAUUCUGCAGGGAGUUCCCUGCCAUGGUACAGGGUGCUCCUCAUCUCCCCAGGCCCUUUCAGCUGGUACAUCCUGUGAGCCAGAGCCGUGGUCUGGGGGCACCUAUGGACACCCCUUACUCAGUGCAGUCCUGUGGUUGUUCCCCGUGUGGGGUUGAGUUUUCAGAGGGUUCCUGUUGCAGUGAACACACUGGGGGACCCAGAGCCACCCAUUACCUCUGCACCCCAGCUUGGUGUGACGUGUCAGGGGUCUGGGGUGCAGUUGAGAGCCCCAGUGCUAGAGGGUAGAGGCAAAGCUUAAGCCAAAGCUGCUCCAUAAUCCCUACUUCCCAAGGGGCUGUUAAAGUCACAAAUGAAAAAUUAUUGCUGGUUUUGUGAGAGGUUUCUAGUUACUGAAGAUGCUAGGUGCAGAGCUGAAUAAUGUGAGGUUUUUUCCCCACUUUGUGGGUAAAAUAAUGUCAGAUCAGUGUUUUUACCCUGGAUUUGGCCAUGCUGGAGCUCACAGAGAAACCAGGACCAAAAGCCUGGUGUGCAUGAACUCUGGGUUGAGCAAUCUGUGACCUUAAACUUGGGGGGUUGUACAGCUCCACGCAGUUGCUGCUCAUGUGUUUAAAACAUCUCUGGUUUCCCUUUUGUCCCUGUU